AUGAUAUCGACAGCAACAGCAAACUCAUCAACACCAACAUCAAACUACAAAGACAAGGAGGACGAGGAGGACAUUCAGCAUCUUCAAGAUAACAACAACAAAGACUUUGAGUUUAUAAGUUAUAACGAUCUGCCUCCACUCAACAAAUGUACCAUCCAAUCUCUAAAUCAAUUCAAAGAUAUCUUUAAACAGACCAUUACAAAGAAGCCUGCUCCUGUCCCUGCAACGACAACUGCUGCCACAUCAACAACAACAACAUCAAACUACAAACAAUCGGUUGUCCAGCCAUCAAAGACCCCAACUGCUGCGUCUACCACGACAUCAACGACUUCAUCAUUCUCAUCAUUCUUAUCAAAGUCAGGUUCCUCAGGUUCAAGUGUUGCAACUUCAGCGAGCACGACAAUAACAUCCUUGUUGACUCCAUUCAAGCCACCUCUCAAAGCAAGUGCCACCAAUCCACUCUCAUUGAAGUUGAGUAGUAGCUCAACAAAGACCGCAGCAUCAUCAGCAUCAGCGUCACGAAACGAUACGAUGGAUGACUCGUAUGACUAUGAUAAUGGCGGUGGUGGUGGUGAUGACUACCCUGGCAACAAAAAUGAUGAUGAUUGUGUUGACCUCACAUACUCAGCCACUCCAAAGACAACAUCAGUAAUACUUGGCACCAAGACAUUCAACAACAACAACAACAACAAUAACAUAAACAUUAGAACGAGUAGGAAUGAUGAUAGCGCGGCACCAAUGACAACACAGCAACCUUCGAUUAGUAAUCAGAUCGCUUCGGUCAAGGCAGAGCUGUAUGAUUUGGGUGCGAGGAAGAAGGAGUUAAAGAAGCAAAGUGCUACGACUGAUGCCGAGAAGGCUAAGAAGUAUGACCAAUUGCAAGAGAUCAAAAAGACAAAGAAGACUCUAUCAAAGAAGUUGGAUGAGCUGGAUAUGAUGCGAAUCAAUGGUGUUGGUGUUGGUUCGACGACGACCACUACCAACACAAUGGCAACUGGCUCAUCAUCAUCAUCAUCAUCAUCAUUCACAACACCUGCUCAAAGAUCAUACACGACAUCAUUCAACUCUUCAAGUACUGCUGAUCAAUACAAUGGCAACAGCAAUGGAGCAUACCGAAGCAGUUCAUUCAAUGGCACAUCAUCAUCAACAUCUACAUUCAAUGGCAACAGCAACAACAACAACAAGUAUGGUAGUGGCAGUGGUGGCAAUCAAUCAAACUAUGACUUUGAUUUUGACACUGGCGGCGGAGGAGGAGGAGACUAUGAUGGUGACUAUGGCGGCGAUGCUUACUCUGUGGACAACACCUGGUGUGAUGCCAGUAUACCCUUCUCAUCCUCGCCACCACCAGACAAGAAGAAGUUCACGUCCACUACAUCGACAUCGACAUCAUCUGCACUUCACAAUCAAUCAACGCCAAUUGACAUUGAUGAGUUUGACUACUCUGACUUCACUGAUGGUGGCGGUGGCGGAGGUGAUGCCAACUACUAUGACGAUCCACCAGACAUCCAAGAUAUCGUAGACGAUCAUCACACCAUGUCAACAUCAAAGAGGAGCAUCAACAACAACAACAAUUCUUUGAAUUCAUCUACUUCAUCAUUGGUGGACAAUGCAACUAAAUGGGCUGGCAAGUACUCUUGGACGGAUGAGGUGGAGAGGAUCAAUAGGACUGUGUUUGGUAAUAGAUCGUGGAGGAAGAAUCAAGUCGAGAUCAUCAAUGCGUGCAUGUCCGGGCAUGAUGUGUUUGUCCUGAUGCCCACAGGUGGAGGCAAGAGUCUUUGCUACCAAAUACCGGCCAUGUGCAAUGAAGGUGUCACCAUCAUCAUCUCACCACUGAUCUCGCUCAUCCAAGAUCAAGUCAUGCUGCUACAGACCCUUGCCUAUCCAGCUGCAGCCCUAACCGGUACCACAUCAUCAGAGGAUGUAACACAGAUAUAUAGAGACCUCAGACAGACACCUCCAACGCUCAAACUACUAUACUUGACUCCUGAGAAGGUUGUUCAGAGCCCUGCGAUUAUGGACUUGUUUAGGAAUCUCAACAACAAUGGACUGUUGGCGAGAGCGGUCAUUGAUGAAGCACAUUGUGUCAGUCAGUGGGGUCACGACUUUAGACCAAACUACAAGGAGCUCAAGUUGCUAAAGACAGAGUUCCCCUCGUUGCCAAUACUCGCGCUGACGGCGACGGCCACCGAGCGCGUCAAGAAGGACGUGAUAUUUAACCUGCACAUGAAGAACCCCAUCACGUUCAAGCAGAGCUUCAACCGACCCAACCUGCAGUACGCCGUCGUCAAGAAGAGCAAGAAGAUCGUGGACGACAUUGCCGAAUUUAUCAACAAGUUCUAUCCGGGCAAGUCGGGCAUCGUCUACUGCAUCAGCAGGAACGACUGCGUCACCGUGGCGUCGGAGCUGCGCAAGAAGGGCCUGCGCGCCAACUUCUACCACGCCAACAUGGAGCCGGAUGAACGCCAGCGCACCCAGGAGAGCUGGACGAGAGACCGCAUCAAGAUCAUCGUGUCGACCAUCGCCUUUGGCAUGGGUAUCAACAAGCCUGAUGUGCGCUUUGUCAUCCACCAUUCGCUACCCAAGUCGUUGGAGGGCUACUACCAGGAGAGCGGUCGUGCGGGCAGAGACGGCAAUCUCUCGCACUGCAUCCUCUACUACAGCUUUGGAGACAAGUUCCGCCAGGAGGUGCUGAUCAAGAACAGCACGGGCAGCACACACGCGAGCAUUCGCGAGAACAUGGAGAACCUGAACCGUAUCGUGGGCUACUGCGAGAACCCUGUGGACUGUCGCAGAAAGCUCCAGCUGCAGUACCUGGGCGAGGACUCGUUCGACAAGGAGAUGUGCAAGAAGACCUGCGACAACUGUCUCUCGACCGACCCCAUCACGCGCAGGGACGUCACCGAGGACGCCCGCACCCUACUCAAGAUCGUACAGCAAGCCAAGGACGAGCCGAUUGGCACCAUCAAGGACAUCUACAAGGGCUCAAAGAACAAGAGAAUGAUCGAGCGCAAGUACGUCGACCUGCCCCAGCAUGGCGCCGGCAAGUCGGCCGACCCACACGAGGUGGACCGCAUUCUGCAUCAGAUGAUCUUGAUGGAUAUCCUGGAGGAAGACAUCAUUGCCAAUGCCUACAGGACAAUCUCGCACAUCAAGGUGGGCACGCGCGCCCGAGGACUGAUGAGCGGCGCCGAGAAGAUCGUGAUGGAGUUUAGGAACAACUCCAAGACAAAGGGCAAGACCGUGAUGGAAGACUUGACCAAAUCGGUGGUGGUCAACAAGACGCCGGCCGACACCGAGAAGCUCAAGCAGUACCUGUACGACGUGCGAUCGGCGCUGGGCGAGGAGCACAAGUUGGAGACCUACCACAUCAUACCAAACACCUCUAUUGAUGAGCUGGCCGUGUCCAAACCACAGACCGAAGCAGAGUUGGAGAAGAUCUCUUACUUCACAUCGAUUAGAAUCCAAAAGUAUGGUGCUGCAUUCCUCAAGGCAAUCAAGGAUUGGACACAGGGUGUACCGUUGGCACCCAAAGUCAUCGACGACGACUACUUUGACGCGAACUUUGACCCAUCAGACCUUGGUGUUGGUGUUGACGAUGAAGAAAAUGAUCUACACUUUUCUCCCCACUUCCCAUCUGGAAGUACAAAGAGGAAAACAACAUCGUCCACAAGUGUUGGCGGAACAACAAAAAAGCCAGACACAACCAAGAAGACAAGACAUUAA